ACAGUACUUGUUAGCGUCACAGUGAUGACUGCUCACAGUGAUGUUUUAUUUCUAUCACUUUUAAUUCUAAAAGACUAAAAUCACUAAAUCCCUUUUUCUGACUGAUCAUAAAGAACAGAUGAAGUGAUGAUACGCUUGUACGCAGCCUUACGAUCUUGUCACAUUCUUGUGAUAUGAUUGUGAUCACUUUCCGAUACGUUCCUUUACACAAUCUGCUCCUUCGAAAUUGAAAAGUAGCCUGAACGCUUUGCGGAGCCAGAAUCCCGUGGGUAGUUGAAGUGAAGCCUCUAACGUGUUUUCGUUGGUUUUGCACUGGUGUCCACUCCAGUUUUCCUGGGGCCGCUGCUCUCCUCUGGUGAACUGCUGUCUCCUUAAUGAUCUACCGCUCGUGGGAUUCAGACAGUGACAUGGCCUCGCGUUUGGCUAACCUGCAGGGAACGGGGCCAGGCGGAGGGGCUGUGUUGUCGGGCGCCGUGGCUGCCGCGGCCAGCCAGUCUAUUCCAAAUGCACUGCCGUCCAGUACGUCGUCACCUGUGCAGCCAGUUUCACCCGAACAGAUCCAGCAGUGGAUUGUCGAUGUCUGUGAUCCGCGGACUCGUGAGCGUGCUCUUCUCGAACUGAGUAAACGGCGAGAACAAUUUCCCGAUUUGGCCCUCUGGAUUUGGCAUUCGUUCGGGGCGGUGGCUGCAUUGCUGCAGGAAGUUACGGAGACAUACAUUUUAAUGGAACCCAACACACUUUCUGCCCACCAAAGCAAUCGAGUCUGUAAUGCAUUGGCGCUGGUGCAGUGCUUGGCAUCGCACAACGAAACACGGAAACCUUUCCUCGAAGCGCGAAUUCCGAUGUUUUUGUAUCCUUUCCUGUCCAGCUCACAUAAUACUCGACCAUUCGAAUAUCUGCGUUUGACGUCCCUUGGUGUUAUCGGAGCUUUAGUCAAGACAGAUGAUCCCGAAGUGGUGCCUUACCUUUUGCAAGCCGAGAAUUCUGAAAUUAUUCCGCUUUGUCUCAAAAUAAUGGAAAGUGGAACAGAUCUGUCAAAAACUGUUGCUGUGUUUAUUGUUCAAAAAAUUUUGUCAGACGAGAAAGGAUUGGCCUACAUGUGUGCCACUUACGACCGUUUUACCCACGUUGCUAACGUUCUAGGUAAAAUGAUAGAGAAUCUGCCACUGGACGGAAGAAACUCUAACCGCCUGUUUAAGCACGUUCUCCGAUGCUAUGUACGAUUUUCUGAACACCAGCGGGCACGGGAAGCAUUACGGAACGUGUUUCCUGCGAAGUUUCAGGAUAAUACAUUUCUCAGCCAGCUGAAGGAGGAUCGAUCACUGGGUCAAUGGAUGUUAACUCUGUGUCGUAAUAUCGGAAUGUCUUCAGCAGCCGUCAGUGCUCUUUUUCCCAAUGGUGAUGCAACCACGGUUAUAUCACCCACAACUCAGAAUAAUGUGUUACCCGGCAGUACUUUUUUUCGAGAUAUUCCCACUCGACAGGUCGACAACCAGAGUCGCUAGACCAAACUGUUUUUUCCCACUUCGCAAUGGAAAAUGAUUUCAGAUUUUUACUGACUAUGCUGUGUAACACUCUCAUUUUUUAGAUGAUUUUGUUCUUUUAUUCCGUUUUUAUAAAAACUACAUUAAUUACCACAUGUUGUCGCCACAUGUCCGGACAGUUGCUGUAAAUAAUUAUUAUUUGUAAGUUUUCUUAACAGAGAAAUAAAUGGACUGCAA